AUGGGCAAACGCUAUUACUGCGAUUUCUGUGAACGCUAUAUUACAGAUAGUGUUGAAAUUAGGAAGAAACAUAGGAGCAGUUUCCAACAUCAGAGGCUUACAAAGUUACAUUAUGAUUCAUUUAGGGCUGAUAUUUCUCGUCAGUGGCAAGGACAGACUUCAGCAAGCGGUGCAAUAGACCAAGCUGAGACACAAGCAAUCGUCGAUCAAUGGAUGACCAAUGUUCAAAUUAGAAGAAGUAAAGAGAAUUCGAAGCGAGGAGAAGCUAAAGAUACUUCGAUUCCAGUAGCAUUACCGCCUGUAAAUGAUCUUCCGCCAUCACUUAAGCCGGCAUCAUUUAGCCUUACAGAUGACGCGUCCUCUUUGCAUACCAUAGAGUGGGGGAAAUAA